AUGCGUCGCACAUUACGGCAGUUUGCAGCCGUUAAGCCUGCUAGAUACCUCGAGCCCUACACUCCAACCGGUCUUACUGGUCUUACUACUCAUCCCUCCCCCCGUUCCGCCUUGCUCUACCUUUACUCCUCUACUCUCGAUAAACUACAGGAAUUUCCCUCUACAUCCCUAUAUCGCCAAUCCACUGAGGCCCUCACCAAUCACCGCUUAAAGAUUGUGCAAGCGGUUGUGCCAGCUGGAUUUGAAGAAUGGGCGGCGAAAGCGAAAGAAACUAUGGCUGCGCAUCCCGAGGUUUUCUCCACUCCAAAGGGUGGUGUACAUUUUGAUCAGGGAAGACAUGUCAAAGUAGAUGCUGGAGGUAGAGUUUUCGUGCAGAGUAAGAUCGAUCAAGAGGUUGAUUGGAGUAAGGAGGAGUGGGAUGGGGAGGAGGGAAGUGCGGAGUUGGAGGGUGUGAGGACGACACAGGAGAGGAAAGGACAAAGUGUUUUGGCUAAAGAGAGACCUGGUGAGGAUGAGAAACAAAUUGUCUGGGAAAAUGAGCCUGCAUUGAAUGUCGAGCAAAUCGAGGAAAUUGAGAAUAAAAUUGGUGCUGGAUUGAUUGAGGAAGUUAUUAAAGUUGCCGAGGGCGAACUGAUACUCGCUGAUGUCUUAUUAAAGGCCAAGGUAUGGGAAGAUCUCGAAGAGAAGCCUGUCGAAGGACAGUGGACAUAUUUUAACCGCGACGGUGGUGCCCCAGCUAAUCAAUAA